AUGGCUGCACCGCCCGCGCCCCACGAUCACUUCAUGAAGCUCCUCCUCCUCGGCGACAGUGGCGUUGGCAAGACCAACCUACUUCUCCGGUUCUCUGAUAAACCCUUCAACACUAGUUUCAUGACUACUAUAGGAAUAGACUUCAAUGUCAAAACCAUCGAGCUCGACGGCGAAACUGUGAAGCUGCAAAUCUGGGACACGGCCGGACAGGAACGGUUCAGAACAAUGACAAGAUGUUACUACAAGGCAGCCAAGGGCGUUCUCUUGGUGUAUGAUAUCACUAGUGAGUCAUCAUUCAACCACAUCAGAAAUUGGAUUGGUGACAUGGAGGAAAAGCAUCGUCCUUCUGUAAAUAUGAAGAAGAUACUGGUGGGAAACAAGGCUGACAUGGAUGAGAGCAAAAGGGAGGUGCCGAAAUCUAAAGGUCAGGCUCUUGCUGAUGAGUACGGCAUCAAGUUCUUCGAAACAAGUGCAAAGACAAACAUGAAUGUUGAAGAAGUUUUCUGUGCGUUAGCCAGGGAUAUCAGGCCAGAAUUAUAUAAUUCUUCCAGAAGCAUGCCUGAGUGUCUAGGACUUGGGAUUAACCGAUCAGCAUCACAGAGGUCAUCUUGCUGCGGUUGA